AUGGAGACCCAGCGCGCGUCGGUGCCUCCGUCUCACCGAACGCCCCAGAUUUCAUCACCUCUGUUCGUCCCAAUGCCAUCUCGUCACUUCUCUCAAGCCUCGCCUUUCCCGUCUCGCUUCUCUGCUCUCCUGCGGCGACACCCAGCGGCGCAUGCCUCUCUCUUCGUCCUCUCCGUCGUCGCCUUGCUCGUCUCGCCCAGCUGUCUGUACACCUCGGCGCUCUUGCGCCACGCUCCACGCGACUCCGCUGCGUCCGGCGCCUCCAGUGCAUGCACCGCUUCCUCUCGCGAGUUCUCUUCCGUCUCCUCGUUCGCCUCCUCUGCCCCCGCUGCGUCGUCCUUCAACGCUCUCGCGACUGUGCGUCCGUUCCUCUCUGGCGCUUCGCCGUCGGAGCCUCCGGCCGCGCUUUCUGUCGACCCUGAAGUCCUUCCGUCUCCCGCGUCGCUCCUCGCCUCGCCUGCCUCAGCCUUCUUCCGCCUCCUGUCGAAGCUGCCGCUCUCCUCGCGUCGCUUCAGGUCGCAGCAGCAGCCUGCUGACGACGGAGGCGAGGAGCGUUCGCUCUGGCUGAGGUUUUCGCAGGCUGGGCCGGAAGGCUCCUGGAAGGCGAAAGUCCACCGUGCAGCCGUCAUCGUCAAAGGACAGGUGGCGCAGCAGAUUCGGAAGCACCGGCCAGAGCUCCGGCGUCUAGUUCAAGGUCUCCUGCAGAUGUUUUUCCAGUGCCUGCGCAGCUUCCUUGGGGUGUAUAUACUCGGCCUCUCUGUGCUGAUGCUGCCUUUCUGCGCAAGCUCCGCGAGUCGCUUCGAGUCUGCAGUCAACCGCGUUCCCCUGAACGACCCGUACUUGCUCAGUCAACUGGACCUGCCUGAAGAUGCAUCGCCUUCUCUCUUCGGCCUCCCUUACUACGAUGUCACGAUUGGCCCGACCCCCGCUGCGCAGAUCGCGGCGCUCUCCGCCGAGAGAGAGAAGGGAUCUGCUGGGAGAGAGCACUCUUCCGCUGAAAACACACUCUCUUCUCUCGCCUCUGACGAAAGGGAUUCUCUUGCUCCAGAGCCGCUGGCCGCCGACGGCCUGCAUACGCAGGAAGGAGAGGACGCUGGGAGCGGGAGCGCCGAGACGACAGAGACGGCGAGACGCCGAAGAGCAGGGAGACCACGAGCGACAGACGCGUUCGCCGACGCGGCUUCCAAGACUUUUCUGAAAGGAUGGUGGGUGCCGGCAGAAGAUCGGAAGGCCCAAAAGGCGAUUCUUUGCGCACAUGGCUGGAUGGCUAACAGACAGGCCUGUCUGCCCUUCCUGGGCGUAGCCAAAAAGAUUGGACUCCAGAGAGAUCACAGCUUCCUGCUGUUCGACAUGAAGAAUUCUGGCGAGUCUUCGCGCGCUGCGGACUGCGUGUCAGACGAGGGGACAGGGUGUGCUGCGGCGGCAUCUCGCGGCGAGGCAGGCGGUUUCUGCUCGGACGCGUUUCCGGUCAUUUCGAGCUCAGAUGCAGGCGACGCCUUGCUGGGAUGCCAGGCAGCCAAGGAUCUCGUUCAGGCGCUUCUGUGGAUGAAGAAAACUCACAACGUUUCCACUGUCUCGAUCUACGCGCAAGGCGUCUCGGCCAUGGGCACCAUGCUCUUGGUGGGGCAGUACCGCGACCGUUUGGAAAGCGAGUUCGGCAUCACAAUCGACAGAAUCGUCUUCGACUCUCCCGUCUGCAAUGCGAGAGACGCCGUCGCCAACCAACCGUUGACUGCAUGCAUCGCAAAAAGUGCCAAGUGGCUUCAUGACGUCCUCAUGUGGGCGGUGAACCAACGUCGUGGGCAGGAGCUGCGUCGCAUGCGCGCGAGUUUACUUCUGCCGUCGUUGCGGCCUGUGAAGAAGCUCGUGCUCACGAGCCGGGAUGACGAAUUGGCGCCAUGGGAAACGGUGGAGAAAGAAAUGAUGCUGCUUCCUGAGGCAGAUCGGCCCGAGUGGACGUAUGUCUUUCCAUCGGGAGCGCACUGCGACCUAAUUCGUACGAAUCCAGAGGCGUACAGCCAAGUGUUGCGAGCCUUCUACUCCGAUCCUUCCUUUCUUGGGAGACUCUGGGCGAAAAUUGUGGGGAAGCGGGCGCCUGUCUCCUCGCUCUCCGGCGUCCAGGCUCUAGGUCCCCACGACUUCACGCUUUGUGCCGAACGCGAAGAACGAGAAAAAGAAAAGAGAGAACGAGAGAAAGACAAAGCGCACGAGGCCGAGACGCGCGCCCAACUCGGGAGAAAGAAACUCGCAAUCGCCGCAGUGGCCUCAGUCAUAGAUGCGCUCUCGUACAUGUAGAGGAACAGCAAAGGAGGGCAGAAAAGAGAAAAAGGGCAGCUGACGAAUAGGAGGGAGAACAAGCAGAAGCGGCGGAAGUGAGGGGAUAGGGUGAAGAGAAAGGAGAGAGAGGGAGGAAUGGGGAGGGUGGGGACAAGCAGGAACGAAAGGAGACAAGCGCUUUGGGAAUUUGGCGUUUGAGGCGACGGGAGUCCUUCCCAGAAGAGGAAAAUGCAGUGGGGAUCGGCAAACUGAGAAGCGAGGGGGAGCGAAUUCGAAGGAGAGACAGGGAAGAAAAGAAAAAAUACGGGGGGAAGGACAGCCGCAAACUCGAAGGCGUGUGAGGAGAAGCAGUCCUAAAAUUGCAUUUUGUGGUGUAUGGAAAAACCUGAAGAUUCCUGUAAAGUGGGAAAUAUGAGUCUGGCAGUUCGCGUCUGUCGCUGCAGCAG